UCCCGUCACUAUCGAGCGUCGAAGUUGGCAUUUAGCGGCGUUGGGAUAUUAUGGCCCGUGUGAAAGCUUACGAAAUACGUGGAAAAAGUAAAGCAGAGUUGGAGAAACAGUUGGUCGAGUUGAAGACCGAGCUUUCCCAGUUGAGAGUUGCCCAAGUGACGGGAGGUGCUGCUUCUAAACUUGCCAAAAUAAAGGAAGUUCGUAAAUCUAUUGCCCGAGUAUUGACCGUUAUUACUCAGAAUCAAAGACAGAGUUUGAAAGAGGCCUAUCGUGGAAAGAAAUACAAGCCGUUGGAUCUUCGUCCCAAAAAGACUCGAGCUAUUCGCAGAAGAUUGACGAAAGACGAAGCUAGCAGGAAAACGCUUAGAGAACAAAAGAAAAGGCAACAUUUUCCUAUGCGAAAGUAUGCUGUCAAGGUAUAAAAUAAAGUCGCCGCAUUAAAACUGGCAAGUUUAUUGUCAGCUAUUUGAUUCCAAUCGUUGGAAACCUUGUUUCAA